GUAUCCUUGAGCUGAAAUUUAUCGGAUAAUAACAAACUCAUUUUAUUAACUACUACUUCAGAUAGACACUUUAUAGACACAUUUAAGCAAUCAAUAUAUUUGAGUUAUAUAUAAUUAAUAUUCAUGUUUAUAAUAGUUACUAGAAGUUUAGCAUUCUUUCAAGCGCAAUUUUAUCCGUUUCGAAGUGCAGUGUCAAAAUGUUUUAAAAUGGAGGACAGCUUGAAAAUUGCUGCUAACAUGAGAGUACAGGGCAGAUUGCCUGCUGGCCACGUUUAUAAAGGUCAUGCUGUCGUGGCUGCCAAUGCAUCCAUUCCCACAAAGUUUCAAACCAUUGUCACAGAAAAUGCUGAUAAGAAAGGAUUCAUGGCCCAAGCCAAGCGGUUUCAAGAUUUUAUUUAUACUGAGACACCUGCUCCAGGAAAAUAUUUGACUCACGCAGUGUUUGAGUCACAGAGUCCAUCCUUUUCAAAAAAGGGCACGGGUGGAUUUGCUUCAAAGUCCAAGCGCUCUAUUAAGUAUAUUGCAUCAACUGCCCCUGGUCCUGGACUCUAUGGACUUCCAAGCAUGCUGACCACCAGAAAAGAUUUUAACCGGGGAUCACAAAGUGUCUUUUGCCAGCCUAUUGCUGAGCAUGUUGAGAAAACAAAUGGCAUUCCAGCACCAAACAUGUACAAUGUCCUGCAGGUGAAAGUAGGUAAAGCUAACAACGUCACAGCAUCUGCUGCCUUUAAAUCUAAAUCAAAGCGAGAAGGGAUGAUUAUCAAGGACCACGCUCAAAUGCCAGCACCAUGUCAAUACCACAUAAAGGAUGAUUUCCUACAUGAGAGUCCAAAAGUUCCUUUUUCGAGUUUCAAGUCACAAAGCAAGCGAAAGUUUAUGCCUGACCCAUACAAUCACCCUGGGCCUGCACACUACAAACCAAAUGAACCAGUAGAGCUACCUCAGAAACAAACUUGGCCCCGCAAGCACUACCUGUGUAUCUCAGCACCAGCUAUGCCUCUUCCAGAGGUGCCGCCUGCACCUGGCCCAGGCGCUUAUGAUGUGGUGGAUUAUGAAGGUCCAGCCAAACAUUAUAUGUCCAGUGCUGCCUUUGUCUCCAACACUAGCCGAUGGACCGAUCAUGCUGUAUCUGCCGCUGUUGAUAUGCCAGGACCAGCUCAUUAUAAUCCUGCACCCCUUGGCAAACAGUCAUUCAUCUAUAAUUCAUCUGGACGGUGGAUAUGAUGAUGGGCAUUUAUGGGCAUAAUUAUUUUCAAACCAUGAAAUAUAUGUGUUUCACAGUAUUCUUGUGAAACAGAAACAUUCAUGUGUGCAUGGCAACAUCUGUAUUAUUUUUGAAUGUUAGUCAUGAAAGUUUAACACAAUAACAUCACAAGGUCCUCACAUAAAUUCUGAAUUUGUUAUUCCUCACAUUUCUGGACAUAACCUGAUUUAUGUGGAUUGCAGUUUGUGUUAAGCUCUAAUUUCUAUGCAAAAGUUGUGGUUCAUGUUGCCAUAAUACCAGGCAUCACUUAAGAACAGAUAACUGAAUAAGGAAAGAAGUCCUUAUAACAAUUUAAUUAAAGUUUAAUUUAAACGUCUCAUGAUGCACUCCCACCCCUUUCAUGGUGGUCCGGUGGCGCAACGGUUAGCGCCUUUCACCAAUGCACUGAAGGUUGGCUGUCCUGGGUUCAGCUCUCGUCUCAGGCACGCUGUUCUUUCUCUGCACGUGGCUUCUGUUUACAGGGCUGGCUGCCUUGCCGUGAUAUAGCGUUAGUUGCUGGCACGGUGUAAAACACCAAUUCCCCCCCCCACACCCCUUUCAUUAAAAGUAGUAAGAGUUAUUGCUCUUUGAGCAUGGAUUUACAUUACAUAAAGGGAAAAGACAAGAUAAAAAUACUAUUUAUCCAAAAAAAUUCAACAUAUCUUUCAAAUUAAAUGUUGAAAUAUUGGUAUAUUCCAUUUGUUGAAAAAAUAUCUUUUAAAUUUUGGGAAACUGAUAAAAUAACUAUAACUAGAAUCUGAAAGCAGUUUGCAAAGAAUUAAAAAAAAUGCUGCUUAAUAAGACAGAGGAAGGCAAAACUAAUACUCGUAUUUAAAAUAACCCAAAAUUUCUGUUUGCUGCAGAAAUUGUUAUUGUUAACAGCAAAAAGUAGAAAAGCUAGCUUUAAAAUAGGUGGCAAAGCAAUAUGGUGUAGGAUGUGUGUGCCACCAGUCCAGUAUUACGUGAUAUUUUUGUAAAUGCCGGUUAAAUUUGACUGUGAUGUGAAUGUGAGGAGGUAAUUUUUGAUGCUAUAUUAAAUAUCUUACUUGCAUCAUCAUCUUCAUUGCUAAUGAUAAGGACUGAUCAUUUGGAAUAUUCAAGUAGAAGCCAGUCAUACAAGCUUUUUUGUUUUGACAACAGACAUGAAACAUGAAACUGACUAAAUCAUAGACUAAUGUUUUUUGUCCAAAAUUUGAUCUAAUAUGGCAGAAGAUGAUGAUAGAGAUAAUAAUUGAAGAUUUUAUGUAUUAGUCUCUGUUGAUGAGCAUUGUAAUUCGAGCAAUAAAUGCAAUAAAGUAACUUUCAUACCUUUUA